AUGGCGCGUACUCUCAUCCUAUGCUUCAUCCACGGUUUCAAGGGCGACGAUGACACUUUUCAUGAGUUUCCCGAGGACCUCAAACGGUCAGUAGCAAAAGAGCUGCCAGACCAUCGGGUCGAGUCUGUGGUCUAUCCCAAGUAUGAGACGAAAGGAGAGUUGGCAGAGGCCACUGCCCAGUUUCUAGAAUGGCUCAAGGAGCGCGUGAUGGAUUCGAGGAAAGCUCAUCUCCAGAACCCCUGGCCUCCCAAUGACCGAGAGGUCGGAGUUAUCCUGGUUGCACAUUCAAUGGGAGGCUUUGUGGCAGCCGACAGCUUGUUUCUCACCCUCAACGAACGUCACAACAGUGAGAAUCCUACCGCGCCACUCUUCCCUUUGAUCCAGGGCGUUCUUGCGUUUGACACCCCGUACAACGGCCUAUCUCGAUCCAUGUUCGUCUACGGCGCCUUUUCCAACUACCAGAAGGUCAGCAGUGUCUUCAACGUCAUGACGGCCUUGUCCGCCGGCCCGGCAGCACUGGGGAAACUAGCUUUUGGUCGAGGGAGCAAGAAGAUGGCUGCCAGUGCCGCAUCUGCUGGCGCGGCCGGCGCUCCAGCUUGGAAGGCUUGGCAACUGAUUGCUGUCAAGACAGGCACCGUCGGUGCCAUCGCAGCCGGGGGCGUGGCUGCCUACAUCCACCGGAAGAAGAUUAUGGAAGGAAUGCGCUCCGUGCGCAAUCUCAACAAGCAGAGUGUCAUUGAAGGUUAUCAGUCGAGCGUCGACGCGCUCGGACAGGGUCUAGCUUACAUCAACCGCGACAAUGUCGGGCAGUCUUUUGCUUGGCUGUCUGCGCACUUCACCUUUGUCGGUUCAUUGCUGAAACAGACCGAGCUGAAUCGCCGCUUGGAGCGGAUGACUUCCCUGCAGGGUAUUGGCCUGCACGAUUUCUAUGCAUCGUUGGGCGAGAACGGCUACUGGAGCGGCGGCUACUUCGUUCCGGAGCGCACAUUCUGUGCUGUUCCCCAGGAGGACCAGCCGGCGUCCAAGCUCUUCGAGAGGCGGGUGUUGAAGAGCGUUCAGGACGAGAUCCAGGCCCACAUGAGCAUGUUUGUGCCUGACAAGAAUUUGGACUAUGAAGAGAUGACGGAUGAGGCGGCCAAGUUGGCAGUCAAGUGGUUCACUGCCGACGAUGAAGUGGUCGACGACCCAAAGUUUGCAAAAGAGGCAGUGGAACUCACGCCCGAGGAAGAGGCCAUCAAGACGACCGAGGACGGCGUGGAGGUCGACACCGAUAAGCUUCCAGAAGCGGAAGAGGCCGCCCAGGGUGCGGCAGAUUCCCUGCCCGACGAAUCGCCCAUUGACAUCGCGGCGGCCGCGUCGCUCGUGCCGCUGCCCGACGAUGACGUGCCCAUCGAGGAGUUGCCGGCCGACGAGCAGCAGAAGGCGACUUACAUGCGCCACCUGUUCGGUGUCGCUCAGCAGGCCGGCACGGGCCUCAAGAGGAUGUCUGAGUGGUCGUCGCAGCUGCCGGCCAAGAUGCCCAAGCUCGAUGGCAUCUCGAAGCCUAGCAUGCCGACGAUGCCCACCCUACCCAGCAUGCCUAAACCGUCCAUGCCCGCGAUGCCGGGAAUGCCUAAUAUGCCUAGUUUCUUCUCACGAAAGCAACAGACAUCUUCGUUGACAGAUGAGUCGAAUGAAGCGGGAGGCAAGGAGGAUGGGCCGGCUGUGGACGAGAUGAAGGAGGGUGCGGCUGAGGACUCUACACCAGCUACGUUGGGAGGGACGGGCACGCAGGAUAAGGCCGAGGAGGCCACUAGGAAAGAAUGA